AAGAUGUCUAUGGAUGUGACAUUUCUGGGGACGGGCGCAGCGUACCCAUCCCCGACCCGGGGUGCUUCUGCUCUGGUCCUUCGGUGUGAGGGAGAGUGCUGGCUCUUUGACUGCGGGGAGGGAACUCAGACACAGCUUAUGAAAAGCCAACUUAAAGCAGGGAGAAUCACCAAGAUCUUCAUCACGCAUCUUCACGGAGACCAUUUCUUUGGCCUUCCUGGCCUCCUCUGCACAAUCAGUCUGCAGAGUAGCUCCACGGUCACCAAACAGCCUGUGGAAAUCUAUGGCCCUGUAGGCCUUCGGGACUUUAUCUGGCGAACCAUGGAACUCUCUCACACAGAGCUGGUCUUCCCGUAUGUGGUCCAUGAGCUGGUGCCCACAGCUGAUCAGUGUCCUCCUGAAGAACAGAAGGAAUUCACACAUAGGAAAGGACCAGACAGCCCUGCCCAAGAGGAGCAAGGGAGGACUAUCAUGUUAGACUCAGAAGAGGACUCGUACCUUUUGGUUGAUGAUGAACAGUUUAUUGUAAAAGCAUUUCGCCUCUUUCACCGAAUUCCCUCCUUUGGAUUUUCGGUCAUGGAGAAGAAACGCCCAGGUAAACUCAACGCUCAGAAACUGAAAGAUCUCGGUGUUCCACCCGGUCCCGCCUAUGGGAAGCUGAAGAAUGGAAUAUCUAUUGUUCUGGAGAAUGGGGUUACAAUUUCUCCCCAAGAUGUUUUAAAAAAGCCUGUCGUUGGAAGAAAAAUCUGCAUCUUGGGUGACUGUUGUGGGGUCGUGGGUGAUGGAGGAGUGAAACUGUGCUCUGGAGCAGACCUGCUGAUCCAUGAAGCGACCCUGGAUGAUACCCAGAUGGACAAAGCGAAGGAGCAUGGCCACAGCACGCCACAGAUGGCGGCAGUGUUUGCAAAGUUGUGCCAAGCAAAGAGGCUGGUUCUCACUCACUUCAGUCAGAGGUACAAGCCAGUUGCCUUGGCCAGAGAGGGAGAAACAGAUGGUACUGCAGAACUGAAACAGCAAGCUGAAUCAGUGUUGGGUCUCCAAGAAGUGACUCUAGCAGAAGAUUUUAUGGUGAUUGGCAUUCCAAUCAAGAAAUGACACCAGCCUUCCCAUAUGCAGAUUGCAUGUCAGUGAACAUGUUGCUGAACCUUCAGUCCAGUUGGGUUUUUGUUUGUUUGGUUGGUUUAAAUUAUUUGGGCCCUAAUAAUCCUAAAGAGGAUGACUCUACACUGCUGAACUGACUCAGCAAUAAGAGGGAGCAAGCUUUUUGAUAAUAAAUAAUUUUUAGA